AUGGGACUGAAAAGUGCCAUGGAGUUAGAGUUACCGAAUGCUGAGCAUAGAAAGUGUGUGAAACGCAUUGUGGAGAAUGUGAAGAAGAAUCAUGCCAAGAAAGACUUGCUGAAACCAAGGAUAUGGGAUAUUGCUCGGAGCUAUACGAAGUCGGAAUUUGACUACAAUGUCAGGAAGUUACAAGCAUACGAUUUGGCCUUCUGCUGUGAAGACGUUGACAACAAUGCAACAGAGUCCUUUAACUCCACUAUCACAAAAUCUAGAGCGGAAUCAAUGGUCCCAAUGCUUGAGAUGAUAAGGAAGCAAGCAAUGGAACACAUUGCCAAAAGACACAUCGCAUCGAUGAGGCAUGAGGGGGUUUGUUCAAAGUAUGUAGCUAAACUGCUUGCAGAGGAGAAGAAGAUCGCAGAUGAAUGUGUGACGACACCUGCAACCCGUGGAGUCUUUGAGGUCUCUGUAGACAAUGAUAGAUAUAAUGUCAACACAAUAAGGCAUACAUGUUCAUACGGAAAAUGGCAAAUAAGUGGAGUUCCGUGUGAGCACGCUUAUGGAGCAAUGAUCGAUAAAGGAUUGAUAGUUGCUCCUCCAGAACCUGAUCAACCCGGGAGAAAGAAGAAGAAGAAGCAAAAGAAAUUCCCUACAAUAAAAGGCAAAUUCGAAUCACCAAAGAAGAAGAAGAAGAACGAAGUGGAGAAGCUUGGAAAAGCUGGUCGGACAGUUCAUUGUGGUUCUUGCGGGAAAUUCUUCUCAUGGGAAGCAGGACGAAGUGAGACUUACUCAGCCUACACAAAGUCAAAGCUAAGCAGCUCCGAUCAAGUUCAGAAGAAGAAGCUCGUGAUGAUGAUCAACCACAAAGCCUGA